ACCACACCCGCUCAGAAUGACGAUGCACAAGCAGAACGUCCACGCAGUCGUCGUGUGACAAGCUACCACCAUCCUUUCCAAACUCGGUGCUCGCCAUGCGACGACCCUGCUCCAUCAUAUGCCGUCACUGCUCGUGCCUCGAAAUUUCCACCUGCUCCACGAUUCCUGGACAAUGGGAAAGAGGUCUUGCCAAAAUAUACUUGCUCAGUGUCGAGAGAGGGCCCAAUGCAGAUGCGAAUUGAGAAGAUCUCUCCCUUCCAGUACCUGCCUAAGCAAGACUUCCGCACUGUCUAUGUUGUGCUCAACGGUACUCAAUUGAGUGUGCACAAGCUCAAGUCCGUUCAGCUCGCCGGUCACUCUCUCCCAGCAGCUGGCAAAUUGAUCAAACGGUAUUCCCUUCAGCACGCAGAGAUUGGUCUGGCCACGGAUGUUCAAUACAGCCAGUUGCUGCCAGCCACUCGUCUUGCUCACUUCAUCCCUUCUGCGGCUCGCCGCAAGGCUUUCGAGAAGGAUCCCAAUCUUUUUACUCCCAUCUCGCAGGUCGUACUUCGCUUGCGUCUCGAGACCGAUCAAUUCCUACUGGCCGACCAUUCUGAAGAGCGAAUCUUCCGAUGGAUCCAUGAUCUCUCUGCUGGCAUCGACAUCGCUUUGCCACUUGACGAGCGAUCCGCACCCAAGCCUUGCACUAUUCCCAGACGUCGUCGUAGGCAGCGAACUCAGGAGUUGGAAAACAUUGAGGAUCGCAAUGUGAUCGAGGAGCAAGAGCAGAUCAUGCGUGAGAUGUAUCCUUCGUUGGCACGAUCGAUUGAAGGAGCUUCCGAGGGUGUAGACCUUUCUCGUAUGGAAACAGCAGAUGACACAAAUGCUCUUACUCUUACUUCCACAGUCGAUCAAGAAGCUGAAGACAUUGAUCUGUCCUUCCUUGCUGAAGAUCUUGGCCCAGAAUCACAACCAACUACCAGACCCGGAAACCCUCGUCAAACGACCGCUUCUACAGUCUCCACCUUCGCGUUCCUCUGGCGAUACAUCAAGCGAUGCAUGCCCACAUUGCUUUUUGAUGCUCCUCGUGCAACCGAUAUCAUCAUGUGCCACGGUCGCCGCUUGAGGGUCAACACCAAGAUGGAUAUGCUUGAGGAAUGGGAACUUGCGCCACCCUCUUACGACAUUCACGAGUUC